AUGGCAGGUACAAUGAACGAGAAAGACUUUUCGACGGCUAUUCUUGAGUCAAAGACAAAGAACACAUUAAUAGUCUGCGACAAGGACUGUAACAAGCUCCGCACAUAUCAAGUGGGACUCCACCCCACAACUCUCAAUGAGCUAGAGCUCUUUGAGUCUGACUAUGUCAGGAUACUAGGAAAGAAGAAGGCAGAGCUUAUAUUCAGCACAGUUGCACUUGAAAGUGUUCCACCUAGACACAUUUCGGUUGUUAGGGACGGAAGAUUCAAUCUGAGGGUAAGAAUUACUGACACCGUGAAGUUGUACAGAGUGGAUAAGGAUAUUCCUGUGGUUAGCAAGUUCAACUUCCUCCCGAUUAAAGACACGGUUGAGAAGAUUAGAGGAAACAUUUUUGACGAGUUUGUCAGGCCUUUUCUGGACUUUAACUUCAUGCCUCUCACUGUAGGGUCUAUUUAUGGAGUUAGCUCUGGACUUGGAAGGGUUGAGUUCAAGGUUACUAAGAUGAUAGAUGCACAGGACAUGGAGAUAAAGCAUGGGUCAGUAACAUCAACAACAUCUGUGUACUGUGAUGAAACGAUUUCAAGGGAAGAGGUUGAAAAGGAGUUCAACAUGGUUGGAUAUGAUGAUGUCGGAGGAUGUAGGGCACAGAUGGCCAAGAUCAGGGAGUUAGUUGAGCUCCCUCUUAGGCAUUCACAGCUAUAUUCUAAGAUAGGGGUGAAGCCACCUAAGGGGAUUCUGCUUUAUGGGCCUCCUGGAACAGGGAAGACCUUAAUAGCAAGGGCAAUAGCAAAUGAAACAGGGGCCUUUCUAUUUCUGAUCAAUGGGCCUGAGAUCAUGUCUAAAAUGGCAGGAGAGAGUGAGUCGAAUCUGAGAAAAGCAUUUGAAGAGGCAGAGAAGAAUGCACCAUCGAUUAUCUUUAUCGAUGAAAUAGAUGCGCUUGCUCCAAAGAGAGAGAAGUCCCAGGGAGAGGUGGAAAGAAGAAUUGUGAGUCAGCUAUUAACUCUUAUGGAUGGAAUGAAGGCAAGAAGUAAUGUGAUAGUCCUCGGAGCCACCAAUAGACCCAAUUCUAUUGAUUCUGCGCUGAGAAGAUAUGGAAGGUUUGACAGAGAAAUUGAGAUUGGGGUACCCGAUGAAAUGGGGAGGCUCGAGAUUCUUAGAAUCCACACCAAGAACAUGAAGAUGUCUGAAGAUGUUGAUUUGGUAGCAAUAAACAAAGAGCUCCAUGGAUUUACUGGGAGCGACUUGGCAUCAUUAUGCAGUGAGGCAGCAUUGCAACAAAUUAGGGAGAAACUUCCCCAGAUAGAUUUGGAUGAUGAAAAGAUCGAGGCAAAGGUCUUGGCUUCACUGAAAGUUACUAAUGAAAACUUCAGAUAUGCGAUUGAACAUACGGAUCCGAGCUCCCUUAGAGAAACCGUUAUCCAGUCUCCUAAUGUCAAGUGGUCUGACAUUGGAGGACUUAAACAGGUUAAACAAGAAUUGAGGGAAACUGUCCAAUAUCCUGUGGAAUAUCCAGAAAAAUUCAUAAAGUUUGGAAUGACACCUGCGAAAGGAGUUUUAUUCUAUGGGCCUCCUGGAUGUGGUAAGACACUUCUUGCUAAGGCUGUUGCCACAGAAUGUAAAGCCAACUUCAUAUCCAUAAAAGGCCCUGAACUCCUUUCCAUGUGGGUUGGGGAAUCCGAGUCCAAUAUUAGAGACUUGUUUGCCAGAGCAAGAGGUGCAGCGCCAUGUGUUCUGUUCUUUGAUGAAAUAGACUCGAUUGCCAAGGCAAGAUCCGGAAACGAUGCAAGCAGCGGUGUUACAGAUAGGAUGUUGAAUCAAUUAUUAUCUGAAAUGGACGGAAUAAACCUGAAGAAGAAUGUGUUUGUGAUUGGAGCAACCAACAGACCCGACCAAUUGGAUAGUGCCUUGAUGAGGCCUGGGAGACUUGAUCAACUGGUUUAUAUUCCACUCCCCGACCUUGAGAGUAGGAUAUCGAUAUUGCAAGCCACACUUAAGAAAACGCCCCUCUCCCCCGACAUUGAUCUUCGGCAGCUUGCAGAGGCUACAGAUAAGUUUUCUGGAGCUGAUCUUUCUGAGAUAUGCCAGAGGGCAUGCAAGUUGGCCAUAAGAGAAACGAUUGAAUAUGAGCUUGAACAAAAAAAGAAGGGGUCUGAAAUGAUGGAUCUUGAGGACCCAGUCCCGUAUCUGAGGCCUGACCAUCUUGUACAGGCUUUGAAGACUGCAAGACGUAGUGUGUCUGAAAAGGAAGUUGAGCGGUAUGAAGCAUUUGCAAGGUCAAUGAAGGUUGAUGUCCGGAAGUUUGAUAAAAAGAAAGAUUUCAACGACGAUGGGCUUUAUGAAUAA